CUCUCCCGGCUGGGAGCUCCGGCCGAGCGGAGGCGCGACGGAGAACACGAGCCCGGCGCGGCGAGCCGCAGUCGGGCUUUCGAGCCGUGCGCCGCGGAGAGCGAGGGCCACCCGAGCCGCCCCAGGACCGAUGCGCCGGGUGGGGCGCUGGCCCCGGAGGGCGUGAGCCGCCCGCAGAUUGAGCAACUUGGGAACGGGCGGGCGGAGCGCAGGCGAGCCGGGCGCCCAGGACAGUCCUGCGGCGGGCGGCUGAGCCGGCCGCGCCCUCGCCCUCCCGGGCCUGCCCCCGCCGCCGCUGGCAGCACCGAGGGCUUGAAACUCUUCCGAUCCCAGAGGUGAGGGAAGCCAGUAUCACUUGCUCCAAUGGAAUUUGCAUCUGGAUCCCCGUCUCCAUUUCCCAGCUGAGAUUGUGGUCCCUGGUGAUUCCGGCCGGAGUGGGCCAGAAGAUUGCCGCAGGCAGAGACUAGGGACUGACAGGCUGGAUCUGCCGGGGUCCUUGCAGCCCAGUCUGACCAGUGCUCUCCGAGGUAGAUCCGGUCCCUCCAGGGGGACACUCUGGUGUCCAGGCCAUCAACCAGAGAGAUCAAUGCAGAGGCGUAAACUGCAUGUCAAUGCUCAUGAUCAAGGUUGGUUUCAGGGGCAAUCCCUGCUGAAGUGACAAAGAGGACUUCCAUGUGACACUCUGAGGUGGCUUUGAGGACCUCCGUUGGGGCUGAUGGAGGCUUCCCACACCCUCUCUGUGCCCCGCUGAGAUUAUGGUGGAUUUGGGUUCUGGCCCAGGCCUGGGCCUCCUGCUGCUGACCCAGCCCCAGAGGCCUUAGCAAGAGCCACGUGCCAUCCACCCCCAGAGACCACCCCUCCUGCGGGGGCCUGGAGCUGGCCAGUGAGCAUGCGGCUUGGGCUGUGUGUGGUGGCCCUGGUUCUGAGCUGGAUGCACCUCGCCAUCGGCAGCCGGGGCAUCAAGGGCAAGAGGCAGAGGCGGAUCAGUGCCGAGGGGAGCCAGGCCUGUGCCAAAGGCUGUGAGCUGUGCUCCGAGGUCAACGGCUGCCUCAAGUGCUCGCCCAAGCUCUUCAUCCUGCUGGAGAGGAACGACAUCCGCCAGGUGGGCGUCUGCCUGCCGUCCUGCCCGCCCGGAUACUUUGACGCCCGCAACCCUGAGAUGAACAAGUGCAUCAAAUGCAAGAUCGAGCACUGUGCGGCCUGCUUCAGCCACAACUUCUGCACCAGGUGUCAGGAGGGCCUGUACUUGCACAAGGGCCGCUGCUAUCCGGCCUGUCCAGAGGGCUCCACCGCUGCCAACGGCACCGCGGAGUGCAGCAGUCCUGCACAAUGUGAAAUGAGUGAAUGGUCCCCUUGGGGGCCCUGCUCCAAAAAGAAGAAGCUCUGUGGUUUCCGGAAGGGCUCCGAGGAGCGGACGCGCAGGGUGCUUCAUGCUCCUGGGGGCGACCACGCCACCUGCUCUGACACCAAGGAGACCCGGAGGUGCACAGUGCGGAGGACGCCGUGUCCCGAGGGGCAGAAGAGGAGGAAGGGAGGCCAGGGCCGGCGGGAGAAUACCAACAGGAACCUGGCCAGGAAGGACAGCAAGGAGACAGGCUCCAGCUCUCGGAGGCGCAAGGGGUCGCAGCAGCUGCAGCAGCCGGGGACAGUGGGGCCCUUCACAUCUGUGGGGCCCACAUAGGCACGGAAUCCGGACACCAGGCCUGCGCAGAAGAGCCCAGAGUUGUUCUACGUGAUGAAAGCUUUCCAGAACUGGAUCAUCGGGGCAAAAUAUACACACACACUCCACGAGUUCACACACACACACACACACAGACACACACACACCCCUGGGGCCACCAGAAGACACUUCCAUCGUUUGGCCUGGGGUACACACUUGGUUUAAGAUGUGCCCAGUGGACAGGUCAGAACAUUUCCCAGCAUCCAAACCCCAGCUUUGCAGAGUGGAAGCUUCUGGAGGAGCUGCUGGGAUUGCCUCUUUGGCAGCCGGAGCCAAAGCUGGAGGAUGCGGGGAGAAGCCUUCCCACCCCGUUCGGCAAUCCCGCCGUGUGGCCUUAUCAUCGGAGACGUCCUGUUACACAGCUGUGAUGCCUAUCAGGGCUGACCUGACUCAGAAAACUGCUUAAAGGUUUAUUUCAAAU